GUUUAUUUUUGACUCCUUAGUGUUUUUAUUUUGGGGGAAAAGAAAGCAAAAAUAAGUUUUGUUUGCUGGGGAAGAGUCAGUAGCAGUGUUGUUGUUGAGUUGGGUUGGGUGAUUUAGGCGCUGCAUCACCAUGAGUUGCAGUUCUACGAUCAUGCACUUUUAUGGUUGAUUUGAGAAUCCAGUCUGCCUCAACGUUGCUGUGUUUCAAUUUGUUUUUGUUUCGCGGGGCUAGGGUUUAAAUUUAUCUCAGGGACAUAAUGUUGGUUUCUGUUUGUUUAGCGGGUGUUAGGUUUUUUUUGUAAUCUCCAACUACCUUUGUUUCCUUUUUGGACAAAUGUUGUAUUUUCUUGCUCAUUUGCUUUGUAGAUUGAAACUGGACCUUUCUCGCUUGGAUUUUUAUUGUUCUCUUCAAAACUUCGCUUUUUUUUUGCCCCCUGAAGCCGUUCCUUUCCAAGUGAACUGAACGAGGGUGGAGGAAUAAGGGAAGUGUAAACAUCUAAACGUAUCAGAUAUUGAACUUGAGAAAAGCCCAAAGAGGGAAAGGAAGUCCAGACGGGGAAAUACAGCAUUCCACAGGUAGAUAAAAAUGGAUCCUGUUCUGACCAAGUUCCACGCAUGAUGAGCAGCAGCAGAGCGAGUAAAGCACUUAAGAUUAAGAGGGAGUCAGGUGAGAACACCCCAGUGCUGAUGGACCAGGAGCUGGUCUCGAUGUCCGUGAGGGAGCUGAACCACCAUCUGCGCGGCCUCUCCAAGGACGAGAUCCUGAACCUGAAGCAGCGGCGACGGACCCUGAAGAACCGCGGCUACGCGGCCAGCUGCCGGGUGAAGCGGGUGACGCAGAAGGAGGAGCUGGAGCGCCAGAAGGCCGAGCUGGAGCAGGAGGUGGAGAAGCUGGCCGCUGAGAACGCUGGCAUGAAGACUGAGCUCGACGCCCUGCGCUCCAAGUACGAGGCGCUGCAGAGUUUUGCCAGGACGGUGGCCUGUGGGCCCAUCACCCCCACCAAGGUCAACACCACCAGCGUCAUCACCAUCGUGAAAUCGUCCAACUUCUCCUCGCGCUAGCCUUCAGGCUGGUGCCAUCUUGCUUUUGUUUAAGCAGAAGGGCCACUGUCCUUGGGGUUGGGUGGGUGGGAUUGUGGGGGGAGGGCAAUUUCCACGGCCUACAAGGUUUAAGGGCCUUUUUGCUUCCAGAACAACUUCCGAGUCGAGGUUUACAUGGCACAAUGUUUUUGUUCUCUUUCUCCUCCUUCUUCUUCUUCUUCUCCUCUCUCUCUCCUCUCUCUCUCUCCUCUCUUUCUCCUCUCUCUCCUCUCUUUCUCUCUCUCUCUCUCUCUCUUUCCCCUGACUAUCCUGAACAGAUGUUGCUGCCAUCACAGGGAGGUCAAUGGCAGCUCAUUUGAUCUGGGGUCUGGGGUGGUGGAGGGGUCAUGGGGAAAAGCCCAACGCUGUGAACGUGAGGAGUGUCUUUACUGGAAUGGAAUCCCAAGGUUAGCCAAUAACUUUCAGCGCAGGCUCGCUCGGCCUCUGCCUACUACCCCGGCCCUGCCCCAGGGCAAAGGCCAGUGGUUGGUCGGAAACUAACCGACUGGGGUUUCAUUCUUUUUUUUUGAGGCGCACGAGGCCAGUAAUGUGUCAUUCAUAAGUCUUACUGGUCCCUCAUUCCAGGGCCACGUGUGAUAAAGGAGAAUGCCAGAAUCACAUGGUCACUAGUGAAGAAUGUCCCUUCACCGGAACAUGGUACAGGAGAUUGCCAUUCAGCCCUUCGAUCUGUGCUGUCUUUCAGUCUUUGAAACUACUUCCCUCCAAAGGGUAGUAGCCUAUUGCUAGACUGUUAAUCCAGGGGAGCCGGGUUCAAAUCCCACCACAGCGGAUGGUGGAAUUUGAAUUCAAUAAAAAUCUGGAAUUAAGCGUCUAAUAAUUGUCUAUCUUUGUAAAAACCCUCACCGGGUUCACCAAAGUCCUUUUAGGGAAGGAAUUCUGCCAUUGUUACCUGGUCUGGCCUCAUGUGACUCCAGACCCACAGCAAUGUGGUUGACACUGAACUGCCCUCUGGGUAAUUACAGAUGGGCAAUAAAUACUGGCCAUCCUGUGAAUGAAAUAAAUUUCAAAAACACAUCUUUAAAUAUUUUUAAGGAAGCGAUAAAUUCUUGAUUUUCAAGGGGAUGGAAGAUUAUCAGAGGGUUUGUGGGGUGGAUUUGAGGUUAAAAUCAGAUUGGCCAGGAUUUUAUUGAAUGGCAGAGCAUACUUGAAGGGCUGAAUGGCCUACUCAUGUCCAUAAGUUAAUGUUUGAGCUCACUCCACACGUGCGCACGCACACAUACAUCAGCCUUUCCAAUAUCAGCACUAAUGUCUUUGGUUAACAAAACUCUGUUGAUCUCGGAUUUUAAAAUUGACAACUGACCUAGUCUCAACAGAAGCGAAGGACCUGAUAAUGUGAACCUUACUGCUUUAUAAAAAAAAAUGUAUAUGCUGUAGCUAGCUGAUCUCCAGCGUGUUUUUGGGAACCCAACCCUCCCCACCAGCACCUCUCCCUCCCUUGUUAAAGCCACGAUAGUGCUUUUCAGAACUGGGCAGUUUUUCCAUUUGGCACAUAUGGUUUCCAAACAGUGAAUCCCCGAUGACAAUGGCUCUUUUGAGGGGCAGGCAAGUCUAAAAUGUAACUUUAAUGAGCUAAAACCUCACCUGUGCUUGUAACUGUGUGUGUGUGUGAAGUUCUCUUUUUGAAGUAGCAGGCCCGGUUUUGAUUUGACGGGCAGGCUGUUGCCAUGGAGCUGCGUGUAUAAACUGAGGACAGGUAGGCCCCACUGGGAUAUUUGUUGUCCUAAUCGUUUCCUUGUGUAAAUGCCUCUUCUUUGUCUUAAUUAGAGGACUUAAUUUAUGGUAUUUUAUGUAAAACAGAGUGAGAAAAACAGAUAAACAUGGCUGCUUCUGGUGACCGGAAGUGACCUCAUUGCUCAUUCAGAAAAUAAGAGCAAACCCCUUCCAUUUUGUCUUCACCUUCAGUUGCUGGGAAUAGAACGGAGUGGAAAAUGAAACUGACCACAUCUCCUUAGCAGUUUGUAGUGGAUACCAAGAAAUGGUGAUUGGCAAGAUAUCAACAUGCCAAGAAAGUCAAUCCAUUGGAAUUUGAUGCUAUUUGGUUGUGUGAGCUACUAGCAGAGGCAAUGCCAGCUGCUGAGAGGCUAGUGUGAGCUCUCGUUCCCCCUCAGAACAAGGAAAAUACGAGCCAUUUUGUCAGAAACCAAAACAGAAAUUGCUGGAAAACCUCAGCCGGUCUGGAAGCAUCAGCAGAGAGAGAAAGCAGAGUGAGUUAACAUUUCGGGUCCAGUGACCCUUCUUCAGUUAACACUGACUUCUCUCCGUGGCUGCUGCCAGUCCUGUGGUUUUCCAGUGAUUUGCGGUUUUGUUCCUGAUUUCCAGCAUCCACCGUUCUUUCGGUUUGUUGUUACGUGAGAGUUCACUUUUUGUAAAUCUCAACCUGGGCCACUUUUGGGCCUUGAGCGCUCCCAGUUUGGUUGUAUUGGGUAUGGGGAGGCAUUGGCAGUAGCUGGAGGGGGUCAAAUUUACAAUCACGAGAUGACUUCAAAGGGGAAAGGGGGACGUUUGUGUCCUGUUGGUGAGAAAAGAUAACCGUAAUUAUAAUUGCACACGUACAAAUUAUGCAAAGGAAGGUGGAUGCUAAAAUAAGCCAUGCGGUGAAUUUGGACGACAAAAGUGUGACAAGAAAGUAGUGCGGGAUUGACGAUGUUAGUGGUUUGCACUAAUCCCAGACUCUAUAGUAUUGCUAACUUUGGUCUCCCUUCGUUAUACACGUUCACAUAAGCCUUGCAGGGCAAUCCGACUGUAUAAAUUAGGUACUGGAAAAGCACUGCAGUUCAGGCUGCCUGACCUGCUGUGCUUUUCCAACACCACACUGUCAACUCUGAUCUCCAGCAUCUGCCGUCCUCGCUUUCUCCUGUAUAAGUUAGAUAUUCAGGGAUAAUAUCCAGUUCCUGCAUGUAAACACCAGACUGAAAAUGGAAGGAUUGGAAGAAUUCGGGCCAACCAGGCGAUGUGUCUCCCCACUGGAAGAGGGGAAGGCUGUUACAGCUCAGUGAGUAAGCAGACCAUCGGGCCCAGUAUUGAACCGGACAGCUUGUGGUUCACAGCCCAGCUGCUGCAGGUAUCAUUGACAUGGCAGGAGGGGUUACAGUCCAUCAUCAAAACUCACAUCUGGUGCCUCAAUGGCAAGAAUUAGCCCCAUAUUUUCUGAAACAGCAAGCCGUUGACUUUUAUCCCAUAGUCCCCUUAACUUGAAUAUCCACCCUCUCCAAGGGGCUCUGCAUCGUCAAAAGCAGGUGUGCCUCAGUGACCUCCUUGUGUGUGGGGGAUAAUUUUUGGCACUCCCCCCCACCCCCCCCACCUCAUUGCCUAACACCAACAGCCCUCCAACUCCCAUGCUCUCCAACGCCAAUACCCACUUCCCCCAAACACUCGCUGCACCAAUGCUAAUGCUCACACACCCCCAUGUCAACACCCAGCCCCUAAUGCCAACACACAUCCUCCAACACUCCACUAAUGUCAACACCCCCAACCACACACAGACCCCAACCCAGCCCUGACCUGACCAGACCAGCCUCGAGGAUUGGCCCCUGUCAUUGUUGGUCAGUGCUGACUGUGCUUUAGCUGCUGUUCACUCUCUGUCAGCAUCACAGUGAGACUUGAGGCCAUUAGCCCACCGGCUCAGAGCAAGGUGAACAAUUUGGUGCUGGGUCUUGGAUGGACCACCGCAGAACUCCAACCAGCUCCUGGCUGGAAAAAUGUUAAGCCUUCUGUGUUCGAAGGGGUUUCCCUGCCACUGCCCCCCACCAACUUGAGUUGAAAAUCAAAUCUUUUGUGAGGCGUGUGUGUGUGGAGCUACUCCAUUUACAAUAGGAGCAGCACCAGGCCGUUUGGCCCUUUGAGCCUGGUCUGUCGUUCGCUUUGAUUGUGACUGAUCUCUGGCCUAACCUCCACUGUCCUGUGCAGUUCUCUGUGAGGUCUCCAUCUCACUGUAGCCCAGCUUCUACAAGCCCUGGGGGGUAGAGAAUUCAAAAGAUUCAUGCUCCCUGUGAGUGAACAUUAAAUAUUUGCCUCUCUAGGAAGCUUCUGGAUGUGCAAAGUAUUUUUGCUUUUGGAUGGACGGUGGCUCAUAUGUGGAGUGAACUGCCAGAGGAAGUGGUAGAUGCAGGUACAGUUACAACAUUCAUAAGACAUUUGGGCAGGUCCAUGAUAGGAAAGGUUUAGUGGGAUAUGGGCCAUGUGCAGGCGAGCGGGGCUAGUGCAGUUUGGGAAUGUGGGUUGGUAUGGACAAGUUGGACCGAAGGGUCUGUUUCUGUAUUGCAUUGCUCUGUAGGUCCAGUGGCAAAGCUGCAGAAGGAAAGUAAUAGUGACUUGUAUCUAUAUGGCUGAGGUACGACUUGAAUAUGGGGGCAGGCACUUGGCUGGGCAGACUGGGUGGUGGGGGGGAAAGCUGUAGACCUUCCAGGACAUGCAUGGAGGAAAUACCCCUCAAAGGGGCAUGUUUAUUCUGAGGGGGGAGUUGCACUGGAGGAAUAUUGUAGCUGGGAUGUGUAAGUCGACAUGUGGUAUUGUGUAGGUUUGGUUUGGUUUGGUUUGGUGAUGAGUUUGUUCAAGUCUUUGAGAGGUUUGGAGUUGGAGGUUUGCAGAAAGGAGAGAGAGAGAGAUGGAGGGAGGGAGAGAGAGAGAGAGAGAGAUGAGUGUUCCAGCCAUCAAACAAGCCCUGUGGACUAGUGAGGGAGAUCUGCACGAUCUGAUUCCUGUUGACCCAUUAUGGUGGGGUGGGGAUCAAAAAGAAAGUGUUGUGUUUUUUCUCUCUUUUCCCCCUCCCACCCCCCCCCCCCCCCCCCACCAACCCCUUGAUCGUUUACCCUGAAGUGAACAACAUCAAGCCAGAUUAACAGGGCCUCCAGAUAUUUCUGAGACUUGCCUGUAUAAAGUGUUCAAAAGAUGAGUCAUUGGCCAGGAAGUACUAGGGAUAUGACAAGCAUCUCCUAAUAUUCCAAAUAUUUUGUAGUGAAGAUUGCCUUAGUUAUUUCUCUCUUUGUUUUGUUGUUUCAUUUACGUAGCACCUUUUGUAACUUCUGGGCAUUCCUAAAGCCCUUUUGCAGUCAGUGAGGUCGCUAUUGUGAAGUGUGGCAUAGCAAGCUCGCAGUGGUCAGAUAAUCCUAUCCCUUUUUUUUUUUCCUUCUUGCAUGGGAUGUUGGUUGAGGGGUAAAUAUUGGACUGGGGGCACCAGAGGAAAAUCCACUUCUUCAGAAUGGAUCCACAGGAUUUUUUUUAUUCAGCCCCCUGAGAAAGUGGACAGGGUGGUG